GUAGUCAGUCUAGUUAGCAUAAGUUUAUGGUUUAACAGAUGCACGUUUUAUUAUUGCCGACAGUUAAUAGUUUCUACAAAUUGGAAUUCUAAUUAAAGAACACGGUGCAGUUAUUGUUAUAUACGUAAAAAAAAUCGUUUCGAUGUUUUCUAAAUAGGUAAACGCGCACGUCAGGUCGCACGAAACCUACGGAAGUCUAGGCUUGCAGUUCUAACCUCAACAUGUUCCACGGGUGCAAGAGAUUCUGUGCGAGUGGCCUGAGGCUACCUGCACAGAUCGCGUCGUCGAGACACGCCGGUACGCAGUCCAAGGCAGAAGCGAGGAAACGGAGAAGCCAGCUUUUCGACCAAGAGAAGCGAAGGCAACGAUCGGAACUGGGUAGAAUCGAAAAGAUAGAAGUGAAGUACAAGUCGGCGGAAGACGAGAUUGUAAUGGCGAUGAAUCGGAACAUCUCUACGCCGUACGACUGUGCCAGGCACAUUUCCGAAGGCGUCGCCAAGAUGUCCGCCAUUGCCUCGGUGGACGGUCACGUUUGGGACAUGCACAGGCCGUUUACAGGCAGCUGCGAAUUGGAACUGGUGACGAUGCAAAGCCCGCGGAUACGCGCGGUUAACUAUGCCUUCUGGCGGACUUGUUCGUUGAUCCUGGGCGCUGUGGCGGACAGCGCGUUCAAGGAUCACAUAAAUGUACAUUUACACAGCUUUCCCAUCCCGGUAAUCAGCUCUGGUAGCUUUACUUACGACAUAUUCGUCGAUCUGCCGGACUGGCGGCCAACCGACUCUGAGUUACGUGCUAUGUCUGCGCUCUUUGUCAAGUUGUCGAAUUGCGAAUUGCAACUGGAAAGAUUGGAAGUGCCUUGCAGCGUCGCGCUGGAUAUGUUUCAGGAUAAUCCUUUCAAAUCCGAGCAGAUACCCAAUAUCGCCAAACACAACGACAACGAUAAGGUAACAUUGUAUCGCCUGGGAGACCAUGUGGACAUCAGCAAAGGUCCCAUGGUGGGCAAUAGCGGCUUGAUAGGACGCGUUACUGUAUCGGCAGUACAUAAACUUACAAAUGCGGCCGUGGAUGGUCUGUAUCGCUUCCAGGGCAUUGCUCUCCCUAAAGGUAUUCUGCUUAAUCAUUUUGCCUACAAUAUCCUGGAAAAUCGCGCUAAGAAAUUGAAUGCUACCACCACGUGGCAACCUCAAGCACAGGAAGAAGAGGUCAGCGUAAAGGCGUCCGCGAAUUAAAGACACUCAAUAUUUCAUUCAAUAUUUAAGGAAGUACUCGUGUAAAUAAAUGCUCUUUCAGUCAUUUGAUUGUAAA